UUAAUUGCGUCUGCAAGACCACGUGGUAAGCGUUUUCGAACAGUUUUUCGUUCUGUGCACGUAAGAACAAGGGAAAUAAGAUGGCUACUCCACAUACGCAAAUAGAAAAAUUAAAUAGUGAAAAUUAUGAUGUCUGGAAGAUACAAGUGGAGGCAAUUUUAAUAAAAAAUGACCUGUGGGAAUAUGUAACCGGUGACAAGCCAAAGCCUGUAGAAAAUCAAGCGGAGAUUGGAAAUUGGAUUAAGAACGAUAGAAAAGCCAAAGCUGAUAUCAUUCUCACACUAAGCUCGAGUGAAUUCUGCCAUAUAAAGAACGCUGAAACCUCAAAAGAUGUGUGGACAAAAUUAGCAAGCGUUUAUGAAUCGAAGGGACCUGCAAAAACAGCAUACUUGUUGGAAACCCUGUUGUUCACAAAAAUGCAUGAAGGUGAAGAUAUGGCUGAACACUUGAACAAGUAUUUCGACACUGUGGACAAAUUAAAAGACUUGCAAGUUAACAUCGAUGGGAACCUCCUCACUGUUCUCUUGCUACACAGUAUUCCAAACACUUAUGAAAAUUUUAGGUGUGCAAUAAAAGUGCGAGACAAUUUACCAACGCCAGAGAUGCUGAAGAUCAAACUCUUGGAAGAAGCCAAUUCAAGA